AGACAACCGUAGCAAACGUUAGUUCUUUUUCAGUGUGAAUAUCAACACAACUUUAUUCAUUUUAAGGUUAAUUUGAGGUUUAUUAAUGAUUUAAUGCCAUAAUUUAAAGUUUUAUUUAAAUAAAAAGGUAACAGAAAACAAAAUAUCAAAAAUAAAAAAACAGCGUUUACUGUAUAACACUAUUUUAUUUUUCCCUUCCCUCCAGCCCUACAGGUGGCACUGUAACUCUCACUUCUCCACGCAGCACUCACUUUUACACCCUCAAAGAGAAAUUCCGGCGGUUGUGGCCUGGUCUCAAAACCACUCUUUGCUUCCUACAUAGUGCAUAUUACUGCGUUUACAACAAACGACGCCGUGUGCCCUACGAAGUGCGUUAAUACGUACACUAGUGCUGUGAUUGGAACUCCGACCGGUGCAUCAAUAAUCUGCCAUCGGCUUCAGAUCAGUCCUGUUAUAUGUUGAAUAAUAUUGUAGAAAAACCGAUUAUAAAGCGCGAAUAAAAUGCAGCCGGAUGACGCGCAGUAUCUGAAACGGAAAGUGAAGCCGGGGAACAUCGAUGUUCACCCCACAGAGAAGGCCCUGGUGGUGCACUACGAGGUGGAGGCGUGUGUCCUGGGAGAAAACGGAGACUCCGUCCAUCAGGAGCGUAAAGACUGUCAGAAGAUGUGAGGGUCUCAGUGUCACUUCAUCACACGUCUGCAGCAUACGACUGAAGAGUCUGAACGCCAGCACAGACGUCUCGUCUCUCGCCAGGAAGGUGGUGGAUGAGUGCAAACUCAUUCAUCCAUCUAAAGUGACCGAGGUGGAACAUCUGCUCUUCUACCUGCAGAACCGCAAGAAGCCCAGCAGCAGAGCAGAGAAAGAGGAGAAGAAGCUGGUGAACCCUCGAGAGCUCACUCCGUUUGAGGGGAUGGAGCUGGACGAGGAGGCCAACAUCAAUAAGAUGGAGGAUUAUGUGGAGCUGCUGUAUGAAGGAAUCCCGGAGAAGAUCAGAGGCUCCACCCUCAUCCUCCACCUUGCCCGAAACCCCGACAACCUGGAGGAGCUCCUGCAGAACGAAACUGCUCUUGUGGCUCUAGCCAGAGUGUUGAGAGAGGACUGGAAGCAUAGCAUGGAGUUAGCCACCACCAUCGUUUACAUCUUCUUCUGUUUCUCCAGCUUCUCCCAGUUCCACGGUUUGAUCACGCACUAUAAGAUUGGCGUUUUGUGCAUGAACAUCGUGGAGCACGAGCUGAAGAGGUACGAGCUGUGGCAGGAAGAGCUGGAGAAGAAGAGCAAAGCUUAUGAGGAAGAUGCUGAUAACCAGACCCUAAAGAAAGACCAUGAGAAAGCGUAUAAGAAAUACCAGAGUCUGCUGGUGAAGCAGGAGCAGCUGCUGAGAGUGGCUCUGUAUCUGCUCCUGAACCUGGCAGAGGACACGCGCACUGAGCUGAAGAUGAGGAACAAGAACAUCGUGCAGCUUCUGGUUAAGACUCUGGAUCGGGAUAACGAGGAGCUCCUGGUGCUUGUCGUCUCCUUCCUCAAGAAGCUCAGCAUCUUCCUGGAGAACAAGAACGACAUGGCUGAGAUGGACACCAUUGAGAAGCUCUGCCGCUUGGUGCCGUGCGAUCAUGACGACCUGCUGAAUGUCACGCUGCGCCUCCUGCUCAACCUCUCCUUCGACACGGGACUCAGAAACAAGAUGGUGCAGGUUGGCCUCCUGCCCAAACUCACUGCCCUGCUGAGCAGUGAGACUCAUAAGCAGAUAGUGAUGUGUAUCCUGUACCACAUCAGCAUGGACGACCGAUCCAAAUCCAUGUUCGCCAACACCGACUGCAUCCCUCAGCUGAUGAAGAUGCUGUUUGAAAGCAGAGAGGAGAGAAUCGACCCUGAGCUCAUCUCCUUCUGCAUCAACCUGGCGGCUAACACGGAAAACUCUCGGAUCAUCUGUGAAGGAAACGGGUUGAAGAUGCUGAUGAAGAGAGCGCUGAAGUUUAAAGACCCACUGCUUAUGAAGAUGAUCAGGAACAUCUCACAACAUGACGGUCCACUCAAGCAGCUUUUCCUGGAUUACGUGGGUGAUUUGGCGGCGCAGAUCAGUCCUGAAGAAGAUGAAGAGUUUGUGAUUGAGUGUUUGGGGACGUUGGCGAACCUUACCAUCCCUGAUCUGGACUGGGAGCUGCUGCUCCGCGAAUACAACCUCGUCCCUUACCUCAAAGAGCGCCUCAAACCUGGCUCAGCAGAGGAUGACCUGAUCUUGGAGGUGGUUAUACUAAUUGGCACUGUGUCCAUGGACGACUCCUGUGCUGCCAUGUUGGCCAAAUCUGGCAUCAUUCCUGCUCUUAUAGAGCUUCUUAACGCCCAACAGGAAGAUGACGAGUUUGUGUGCCAGAUUGUCUAUGUUUUCUAUCAGAUGGUUUUCCACCAGGCCACCAGAGACGUCAUUAUUAAAGACACCCAGGCCCCAGCGUACCUUAUCGACCUCAUGCACGACAAAAACACAGAGAUCAGGAAAGUGUGUGACAACACGCUUGAUAUUAUCGCAGAGUAUGAUGAACAGUGGGGCUGUAAGAUCCAGUGUGAGAAGUUCCGCUGGUUUAACUCUCAGUGGUUGGAGAUGGUGGAGAGCCGAGAAACAGAGACGGAACCGUUCCUCUAUGGAGACACUGAGACACUGGAACCACCGGACCUGUUCUACAGCACAGAUGGGAUGACUUCUGAUGCAGGUCUGAGUCCGGACCCGUACGCUCAGUAUGGAGACUUUAGCGCAUGCAACGGAUCGAAUGGCCGCCCUGCCACCGCCUACGGGUUUCGCCCAGACGAGCCGUUCUACCACCGGGUCUCCAGCUAGAGGAAGGAAUACAAUCAUCUCUCAUACCUACAGUCCACUUCCACACCAUGCUGAGUCCAGAAUGAGACGUCCACCUUAUGAAAAACCCCAGAUCCCUCCUGUAAUCGGAGAUUUGGUGAUAAACACACUCAUAACUCUUAUGAAAACAGUUUAGGUUUAUGAGAGGUCCAGAAUAGGUUACUAUUAUUAUUAUUAUUAUUAUUAUUAUUAUAUAUUGACUUUUUUUUUUUAUUAAAAAAGGAGUUCUGAAUAAAACAUCCAGAUUAAAAAGGAAUUCAGAUUAAAAGAUCCAGAUUAUCACAAAUUCAGAUUAAAUUAUUCAAAUAAAAAAAAGGGCUUCAAUUUAAGCAUCCAAAUGAUGAGAUGAGAACAUCCCGAUAAAAAAACAAAAAACAUCCAGAUUAUGAGAAAUCCAUCUUAAUAUAUUCAAAUUAAAAAUAGGACUUCAGAUAAAAACAUCCAGAU